UUCCGUUUCUUUGCUUUCAAGUUCAGGCUGGUGGUUCACCGUACGUCGUCACAUUUAGGAAAAGUUUUCCCCAUUGUUGUCCGAAUUCUGUUAAAAUUUUGUAUUUGUUGUGCAAAAUUAUUAUCCGAGCCGAAGAACUGAUUCUGCCCCAGCGAGGCCCGCACCUUUUUGGAGAACAAUACCGGCCGCUAUAAACGGUACCGUAAUUCGUAAAUCCGCCGACCUCGGCUUUCUUCGGUCAUCUUCGGGUACGCGCGUUUACACGUACGAGGAGUCGUGAAUUGUGCUCUGCCGCGGAAACUUUUCAUUCUCUUGAUUUGUGCCCUCCGAACGGUUAAGGCCCUCGAUCGCGUGCUCCGCCGGUUUUCGCAUUUGCUAGCGUCACCAAGACCUAUUCCAUCGACAAUGUCCAAGAAGGCUGAUCCCUACGCAUUCGCCAAGGAUUUCCUGGCCGGUGGUAUUUCUGCCGCUGUCUCGAAAACGGCCGUAGCACCGAUCGAACGUGUCAAGCUGCUGCUCCAGGUGCAGGCUGCCUCCAAGCAGAUCAGUGCCGACAAGCAGUACAAGGGUAUCGUCGAUUGCUUCGUUCGUAUCCCGAAGGAGCAGGGAAUCGGUGCCUUCUGGCGCGGUAACUUGGCCAACGUGAUCCGUUACUUCCCCACCCAGGCCCUGAACUUCGCGUUCAAGGAUGUGUACAAACAGGUUUUCCUCGGUGGCGUCGACAAGAACACCCAGUUCUGGCGCUACUUCCUGGGUAACCUCGGAUCCGGUGGUGCCGCCGGUGCGACGUCGCUGUGCUUCGUCUACCCGCUCGACUUCGCCCGUACCCGUCUCGGUGCGGACGUUGGCCGUGGUGCCGGCGAGCGCGAGUUCAACGGUCUGCUCGACUGUCUGAAGAAGACGGUCAAGUCCGAUGGUAUCAUCGGUCUGUACCGUGGAUUCAACGUUUCCGUUCAGGGAAUCAUCAUCUAUCGUGCAGCCUACUUCGGUUGCUUCGAUACUGCCAAGGGAAUGCUGCCGGACCCGAAGAACACCUCGAUCUUCGUCUCCUGGGCCAUCGCACAGGUGGUGACGACAGCUUCCGGUAUUAUUUCGUAUCCAUUCGAUACCGUCAGACGACGCAUGAUGAUGCAGUCUGGCCGUGCCAAGUCGGAGAUCAUGUACAAGAACACGCUCGACUGCUGGGUGAAGAUCGGCAAGCAGGAAGGCUCCGGUGCGUUCUUCAAGGGCGCCUUCUCGAACGUCCUGCGUGGUACUGGUGGCGCGCUGGUGCUCGUAUUCUACGACGAGGUUAAGGCUCUGCUCGGUUAAGCGCGGAACGGCCCUAGCGUGUAUUUAGUUAAGUCCAGCAGCAACAAAAACCACAACAACCACACACACACACACUAUUAAUUUAACAACAACAUGUCACCACGGUGUGUGUGUGUCUCUGUGUGUAUGGGUAGCGCAUAGGAAGAUAAAUUUACUGCUACGAACCUAACAAAGCCCUUCACGCUGUGUUCUCCCUGUAUCGUUCUCAAUCUCUCUCUCUCUCACACAAACGCCGACCCUGUAUUCGCUGUAUUACUUCAAUGUUCCGAACAUCCGACAAUUGGGUGCUACCGCUGUACGCUUUUAAGGCAGAAACGAAAAACGAUUGGAGCAUUCUGAAUGUUCCUUUCACACCGCUCACAGGGAAAGUGGGAGAGAGGGAGAGAGAGAGAGAGAGAUUCGCGGAGGGAACCAGCAGCCAGCCUACAGUUUCCUGUGAAAUUUGUUGCAUUUUCUAACUAAACAAAGUUGUAUUAUCACCGAUCACGCUGCGCUGGCUGCCACCCAAAAAAAAAAUCCCGGUUCCAGCGGCAAUGUGUGCGCCGAGUAAUUAUCAUCCUGGACGACGACGAGUGCACAUGCAAUGCAAUAGGCAAAAAGUACCAGCGAUUAAAAAAAAAAGAACUGCGAUUGCAAUUGCGAAAAAUAGAUUCGAAAUAUGACCAUGGUUAAAAAAACAAGAAAUAAAACUAGGUAUUUAUUUUAAAGUCGAA